GAUAAAAGAGAACUGCGUUGUUCAAAUGUUUGAAUGUGCUUCGAUAUCCGUUAUUUUCUUACUGGUGUCUCUAGGAGUGUUCGGCUCUCUCUCCAUUCUCACCAUCAUCUUCAUGUGUCCAGACAUCCGCAACCGGAAGACCUUCAUUGCGACCAGCACCAGCUUCCACGAGCUCAUCUACGCCACUGUGAUUGUGAUCUGUGUCGUCAUCACCGAAAUCGAACAGUCCAAUUACCACUGGUUCUUCCCAUGCCGAGUGCGGUACCUGUUGGUGGCUGGCAGCUGUGACUUGUUUCACGUGACCAUCAUGGCCCUGGACAGGUACUACUUCAUGAACAGUCCCCUCAGCUACGAGUUCAAGGCCCCCUCCUGGAUAGAGUUCGGACUACCCUGCACCUGGGUCAGCUCUUACAUCGUACUGGCAUACAUGGCCGAGGGCACCUGCAAAUUUGAGUUUGAAGCAGUGGCCAAAGCAAUUGAAGUGCUUUAA